ACGUCGUCCGGCCGAAGCUCGCCUGAGCUCACGGCUGCUCCGCAGCGGCAGCGGCCGCCAUCUUGAUCGUCCGUCCCAUGGCGGCGCGGCAGCGUGAUGAGGAGCGGACAUAAACGCCGGCCAUGCAGCCACCCGGCGAGUUGCUCCUCGUGCUGCUGCUCUGCCACGCGGCACCCCCGCCGCUGCUCGCCCAGCGCGCCGCCCGACACACCAGGGAAGCAGAUUCGGCCUUUGAUGAGCUUCCAGACAACAGCCGGUUACUAGUGGUGGACCGGCUCAAGCGGUACCCGGAAAACGAGCGACUGAUUGCUAGCAUUCCGAGCCGCAUCUAUGAGGUGAUCUACCCAGUUCAGGUGCGCCACCACCAGAAGCUGGGCAUUUCCACCAGGGACACCACAGCCAACAAGACAAACAAGCAUUUUCAUCAAACAUCCCUGCUCAUAAAGGCGUUUCACUACAAAUUUCGGUUGGAACUUGAGCUCAAUGACUACCUGCUUGCCCCCAAGAUGCUCCAGAAGCACCUCCAUCCUGAUGGCAUCUGGCAGCUGUCCAGUCAGGAAGUGGAGCACUGCUACUACCAUGGCACCAUCAAAGACUACCCCGGCGCUGUGGCUGCUUUUCGUACCUGUAGUGGAAUCAGUGGCAUCAUCCACAUUCGCAACGAGACUUUUGUCAUCCAUCCAUUCUAUGGAGGAGACCUCUCGCGGGUCCACCCCCACGUCAUCUACAAGUACUUCAAUGUCAACAAAAACCCUUACAUCUGCGGCAAUUCACGCAUGCACGAGUGGGGCUUCAAGCACUUCCGCAAGACUCUCCCACCUCCGCCCAGAUACAAGACUAGAAUCCAGCCUCGGGCUGACAAGAGAGACGUACGAGAAGUGUACAAAUUUAUUGAGCUUGCCCUCGUACUUGACCAAGCUAUGUUUGAUGCCCGUAACAGCACCCGUUCGGAGGUGAUGAGCGACGCUAUACAAAUAAUCAACUGCGUGGACAUGUACUUCCGGACGGUGAACACGCGGGUUUCCAUUGUGUACCUGGAAACGUGGGCAACGGGGGACCAGGUGGAGCACACGAGCGACAUCCGCCAGGCCCUGCUCAACUUUGUUGACUACUCAGCCAAGAACCUUUACAAGCAGGCUGUUGACGCUACUCACCUGCUCACAGGUCGGCACUUUCCAAGUCGAGAGGUGGGCAUGGCCAUCCCAGACACUGUGUGUACAGCGAAGGCUGUGGGAAUAAGUCAGGACACAAAUGUGUACGAGCCCCAUCUGGUGGCCAGUACUAUGACUCACAUGCUUGGCCACAAUCUUGGAAUGAGCCAUGAUGACGGAGGAAACUGCCAGUGCCAGGACUCGUGGGGCUGCAUAAUGGCACCUGGCAUUCUAGGAACCAACCACAUCCAGCCGUACCACUUCUCAUCAUGCAGCCUGGAGGAGUACAUUAAUGCACUGCGCAUUGGCCAUGGCAUCUGCCUCUUCAACAAGCCUGGCCAGGUUCUUUUGGACUGUGGUGACCUUCAGGGACCUUCGUCAGUGCCAAUUCACUGCACACCGUUGGCACCUCACGGAAGUACUGACGAAGGCGUGACAAAGCUUGAAGACUUUCGCUCGUGUGGCAAUGGCAUCAAGGAGCAGGACGAAGACUGCGACUGCGGCACUAUGGAGGAGUGUGCAAAGGCUGACCCCUGCUGUGACCCAAUCACAUGCAAGCUGCGUGUUGAAGCAAACUGUUCUGCAGGGCCAUGCUGUGAGAAUUGCAAGUUGCGUGCUGCUGGCCAGCUGUGCCGCAUCCCUGAGUCUGAGUGCGACAUUCCUGAGUUCUGUGACGGCCAUUCUGGGGAGUGUCCACCCAACAUCUACAAGAAGGCCGGCCAGGACUGCAAGAAAGGCAGUGGUUUCUGUUACCGGGGCAAGUGUCAUACAUCUGAUGAACAGUGCGAGUUCAUCUGGGGCUUUGGUGCACGACGCUCGGAUGAGAAGUGCUUUGGCGAGUUCAACGUGCAGGGCAGCAUGAGCGGCAACUGUGGUCCGGACGGGCGGGGCGGCCAUGUCAAGUGCAGCCGGGAGCACAUGAUGUGUGGCACUCUGCAGUGCCAGCGAGGUGCUCGUGCCCCAAUCGUGCUGGGCAUGGAGAAGCUCUACACCCGCACCAUCAUCUCCAUAGAGGGCUCCGAGUUUGAGUGCAAGGUGUCCACAGGGUCCCUCUCUGGAGACAUUCCAGACAUUGGCAUUGUUUGGGACGGAACAAAAUGUGGGCCUUCCAAGAUCUGCGUGAACAAGUCAUGCCUUCCAGUUGAGCAUUUCCGAGAGCUGGGAGUCUGCCCUAGCAACAACCUGGCACUCGCCUGCUCAGGCCAUGGCGUGUGCUCCAACGUGAACACGUGCUACUGUGAUGAGGGCUACCUGGGGCCUGACUGCAGCCAGCGGGCCAAUGCCACUGAGGCCCCGCCUCCGCUGGUGCCCCCUGCUGCCACAAAUGUCGCGCCACCAACGCCACCUACCGCCACAGACGCAUCAAGCCGGUCCAACAAGAGCUCUAGGACAACUUCUUAUGUGGGAAGGAAGGAUGCCCUGAGCACCCCUUCGCUGGUGAUUGUCCUCGUGUCGGUGGUUGGUGGCGUCUUCAUCUUCUUUGCCCUCCUGGCCACUUGUUACAGGCGGAGUACCAUGCCCAAGCUAGAGCAGGCCCCAGGGGCACCCAAGAAAGGCUCAGCCCGACACAAGGCACCAGUGGCUGCGCCAGGUGCCAAGAAAGAACACGAGGAUGCUCUUCCUCCUGGCCACCAUGCCUCGACCACCCUCGACAGCCGCAUCAUCACCUUCGGGAGCAUGCCUUCCUACAGGGAGGACAAGCUACAGGAGCUGAAGCGGAAGGAGCCAGACGAGGUGGACGAGACAUUCAUGGAGCUCUCACCCAAGGACCUCGCCAAGGACGGCGGCGGCUGGCCACCACUGGCCUCUGCCGCAGCAGCAGCGGGGGGUGACACACUGAGCGAGGUUGAGCGCACGCUCAAGAGCCUCAACGGCUACCACGAGGAGAUCCUGGAGGCACUGCACUCAGCCUCGUCACAUGCCAGCCCGGGCCAGGACUCGCGCCGGGACCUGCCGCGUCCCGAGCCCUGCAUGGCCGAUCCUGCCGAGCCAAUCCGUAUCCGCAAUCUGGAAGACCUGCUGCGGCAACUUGAGCCCGGCCCCUUAGAGCCAAGUGGGUCGGAACGCCUGAGUGAGCCUGAGGCAGACCGACACUACCUUGAUGGGGGCUCGCCUUAUGGCCUGCGCUACUUGCUGGAGGAUGCAUACGCACAGCCGGAUGAGGACGACGAGGACGACGAGGAGAGCGAGGACGCCGGGCGGGGCCCAUAUGGUGGUACAGAGCAGCAGUCGGGCGGGCCUCCCACACGGCGGCAGCGAUCUGCAAGUGAAGAGGCCCUGCCACUGGCAUUUCCUGCCGGUGCACUGCCCAGCCCACCCUCGGAGGAGUCCGGCUCCUUGGAGGAGACCUUUCGACCACCGCCGAUGCUGCUGCCCGGACCGCCCCCACGCCGCACUCGGCCCAAGAAGAAGUUCCCCGAGUACAAGAUGCCUCCCGGGGACGCUCACCGGAGGAACUACUACAAGUGAGGCCGCGGCCGGGACCGCGGGGCGCCGCCGCCGACCCUGACUGCACUGCCGCCCCCCUUCCCAUCCACUCUACAGCACUAGUCGUCGUCAUCAUAGCGCGCCGCUAGGCUCAUUAAUCACAAGUCAGCAGUGUUCAGUCUCUAGAUAUGCGCUCUCUCCUUUGUACUCAUGGAUGCAUUAAAACGACAGCCCUUUC